AUGGCGCCGCGUCCACUAUGCUGCGAGGUCCCUUCCCCGCCUGCCCCUCCUCGUGCCGGUGUUCGCUGCUUCCUCCGUGGCCAUGCUCCACUCCUCCGCCCCGUCCCCAAGCCAAAGGCACCGGAGUCCCUCUGCUCCUACCUCUUCUCGUCCCCGAUGCCUGCCUGCCGCCACCCGUCGCCCGUGCAGAACCUCGGGUCCGCGCCAGCGCCGCGUAAGAUGAACACGAUGAAAAAAAGGCCAGCGACACCAGUGUCGUGCCGCCCACGCGCCCCUAUGCGGCUUCCUGCGGCACAGAGCACGCCGGUAAGCGUCCUAGCAUACAGGGUGGUCGACCACAUGGACGACGGCCAACAGCUGCUCGAGGAAAUGCCAGCAAGAAUUCUUACUAUUGAUCAUCCAGCGACGACGGGAAUAGCUAAGAGGCUCCGCAAUGUACGCGAUGAGAGACAAGCUCAGGAGCCAGGAAGCUGGAUGGCUAACGUCAGCUACAAUUGGUAA